AUGGAUCAUAUUGAGUCAGAUUUGGAGAGCGUCUUGAUCAAACUAGAAGGCCCCCAGUCGAUUACAACAGCCGAAUUUGACCUGAUCGCCCAACACCCUGAGUGGUUCACCACACUGGGCGAACGCGAGCGACUAGCUUUGUCUGAGUCCCGUGCUCUUCAACUUCUCGAGGAAAUCCCGAGCGACUAUGAAGUUUACCCUGGUCAGUAUGCACAGAUAGAUCACUAUCUCACAAGACAUGGGCAGUUACAGCGAAUGAUAGACGCUUCCAAGAUGAUGCAGCGUCUUUGGGCUCGGCAGAAGGCAGACGAUGAGGAGGCUGGACUGAUUACCCCUACUAUUGAAGAUAGGCCUCAUACAUGGACUGAAGACCUGGCUACCUUUGCAAGAGGCUGUCUCAAAGCUCUCAGCGGUGAAAUCGUCGACGUUGAUGAUGAUAUGGACGGAUCACAUUCCGGAACUGAGCACGAGGAAGGCACUUGUGUGAGUCCUGAUCUUCCGGAAAUCAUCACCUUGUCACCUGAGUUCGCGAGACAUAUGCGAGAUCGGAUCCGCAACCUCCCUUGCCGAGCUGUCGAAUGGAAAUGCAUUCUGAAAAUAUUGGGAGCACCGGCACCGGUGAAAGACGAGGUUUUACUUGCCAUCAGAACCAUAAUGUGUGGUUUGGUGGAAGAGCUUAUUCAAGCAAGGUCAAUGUUGGAAAACCGCAGGCGUGGACUUUCUUCCAAGAAUCAAGCAACUGUCAUGCUUCAAGCACCAACCCAUCUGGCCCGGAUGGUUGGUGUUCUGGAUAUUGAGAAAGAUGGGAAGAUCGACUCAUAUGCAGAGUGGAAAAGUCUGGAGAAGGGUUUCCCUGCCAGGUACAAAGGCUUUUGGAGCGACAUUGACUGUCUGUGGCCACUCUUGGCGGAUAUACGGGCUUGGAGCGUUAUCAGUCGAAAUCUCCACAACAUCUACCAGUCGGAGGUAUGCAGAAAUCAAGUAGAACUCCUUCUAAAGUUCUCAGUUGAUUUGCGUACCACCCUAUUUGAUCGCCAUUCGAAGGGUCUUCCCCAUUCUGAGUCUAGCUGA